GGAUGGAUGUUGCUGCACCUCGCCCUCACCUUCAGGUAGCCCCCCCCAGCCUGGGAGCUCUAGGCAAGCGCCCUCACACGCGUAGCUCCUGUUGCUGCCUGACCUGCAAGGCACAUGUCCCGCCAUCGGGACUUGAACCUGCCAAGCUCCGACUCUCUGCCACUGCUACAAAACCCCACCUGCUGCUUGUCACAAAAAAAAGCGUUACAUAACAAGCACAGGCCGAUUUCCCGUCCUCCCCAAGCUUCCAAAUCCAAUCCCUCUCGGCUCUUCCGCUGGCCGUUCGCGCUUCUUCUUCGGCCAUCUCUCCACCUUCGAUCAAUCUCCUCUUUCCAACCUCCGCAAUUCGUCACCCAAAAAUCGAGAAACGCGAUUGAGUCAACAAACGUGACAACGCCAUUGUCGCAUACUGACACCUUACAAAGAAUUAUCUUACUCCGUUACGCAGUCCUUCGUUUUGCUGGAAUCGACCCGUCGCGCCACGCCACUGCGCGCCCGCUCCAUCCAUCCAUCUACUUACCUACCUACCUUCUGAAGCUUGGACUUGCUAGCUGUGAGGAAAGUUUGGGACCUCCCCCCUCCUUCGCCGCCAAAGAGAGGAAGAGGGAAAUACUACCGUGGGCGCUUUGGUUUCUUCGCGGGAUAGCUUCGGGCAGGGCUUAUCCUCUUGAAUUCUGUUUACUUUUUGUUGCUUUUCAAUUCUCUCGCGUCACGUCGGGCAGUCAGAUGGCAAUCUGGUGGUCAUUUUAGUUCCCAUGCAAGCGUAAAAUACCUACCUACCUGAUCGAGUGACCCGCAUGCCAUCUCAUCGCAUACCCAUCUAGGUAGCCAUCUAUCUACCUAGCUUUUUGAGCAAACAGUAGCCCACCCACUCGGCAAGCGACAGGAGAGGAGAGCAAGCACGCCUCCAUUGUCUGGCUGCUGCCACGCCUACCUACCUACUACCUACUGAACCUUCCACCCGUUUACCGUCCGUCUCCCUUUGACGCGACCAUGUCUGACCCAGAACCCCGCCGCUCCGUCAGAGCGACAAAGGGCCAGCACAAGGCCCACGAACAGCUCGACCAGCUCGUCGAACCGCCAAAGAAGCGAACCGGCGGCUCCAAGAAGGGCAAGAAGGCUGCCCCCGAACCCGAAGAACCAGAGGAGGAGAUCAUCCGCUGCGUGUGCGGCGCCACCGAGCAAGAUGAGGACUCCGGUGAAGCCUGGAUCGCUUGCGACACCUGUACCGCCUGGCAACACAACAUCUGCAUGGGGGUGAGCCAGUUCGCCGAAGACAUACCUAAGAAUUAUUUCUGCGAACAGUGCAAGCCAGAGAACCACAAGGAGCUGUUGGCCAGCAUGGAGAGGGGCGAGAAGCUCUGGGAAACACGGCGCAAGAACUAUGAAGAGGAAAAGACCAAGAAGAAGAAGGGCACCAAGAAGGGCAAGAAGCGAACAAGUGACCUCAAGGAGGAAGCAUCGCGGACGCCACAGCAGUCACCGCCACCACCUCUUCCACCGGCACCCGAACCUAAGAAGGAAAAGGAAACCAAGGCGUCGGGUCAGAAGCGGAAAACCGCCGACGGGGCUCAGGAGAAGGAGAACAAGAAGCUUCGCAAAGUCACCGAGACACAGUCUGUUCCGGUAUCUACACCGGCUUAUACCCCUCCUGCUGACCUCCCUUCCAAAGCCACCGAGCUGCCAGACAGUCGGCAGGGUGUGGCUAAGGCGCUCGUGAAGUCUCUUGUGCACUCGCUUGGCGCGGCAGAAAAGAAGGGUGUUGUUCCCUCCGAUGGGAUGCCUGUCAGUGAUCGUGCCGAAAGGUUUGCGCUCCAGAUCGAGCGCGCCGUCUACGAUACCCAUCCCACCCAGGACUCCUACCGCAACCAGGGCAGGACUCUUGUCCACAACCUCAAGUCCAACCUCGAACUGGGAUCCCGGCUGCUGGAAGGGACUCUGACACCGCCCAUGCUGGCUGCCAUGUCUACUGAAGAGCUGGCAUCCAAGGAGCUCCAGGAUCAGACAGCCGAGAUGAAGGCCCGGGCCGAGAAGCAAGCCAUCAAGAUCACCGAGGAUGUGCCCCGGAUACGGAGAACGCACAAGGGCGACGAGGUGAUUGGCGACGACAACUAUGCCAUGACCACGGAAGACAUCCCGUCAGCUCCCGUGCGUCGACCUAGCGCCCCAAAGUCGGAACCUAGAGAGUCGUCGGAAGCGAGCCGUGCCAGGUCGGCAUCUCGAGGGUUGGCUGUCGACACGCAGCAGUCACCCAGUCGCGCCGACUUUGAUCUGAACAAGGUCUAUUCCAGUGUCAAAUCGCCAGCCGUUUCUCAGCGCCCGGCUGCUCCCCUGGCUGCCCCGCCCGCAACCGGUCCCGGCGUGGACCCAGAUGUUGAUCGCAUGCUUGAUGAUGACGGGAGCCAGUCACCGCCAUAUUCGCCAAAAGAAGAGACGGAUCCGGAUGUGGUGUGGCGUGGGAAUCUGGUCAUGAACACCAUUGCCGAGUUCCAAGUCACCGCGAAGCACAUUGGCGGUGCGAACCCCGGAGAGAGCGUUGGUUUAACGUGGGAUAAGGUUAUCCCAAAGAACAUUACCGUCUGCGGGCGCAUAGAUGAGCAAGCAGCCAAUGUGUAUCUUUGCGGAAUGCGCUACAGCCAAGUCUCCGAGGUCAUCGUGGUGAACCUGGAGCCAACAUCCCCUCAAGGCAAGGCCGGCAUGCAGAAGCUUGUCGAGUAUUUUGUCAACAAGAAGAGAUAUGGUGUGGUGGACCGCAAGGGGCUGGCAAACGUCCGAGACAGCUAUCUCGUGCCCGUCCUACCCGGUGCAGGUGGCCACCCUGAGUUUAUGAUGAAUCUGGAGGACAACUUCAUCCCGCAGUCAAGAACUGAGCCGAUGUUGCUCGCCGUAUUCGUCUAUCGAUGGGAAGACGGCAAAGUACAACCGAAGGCCCCCCCAGUGCUGACGCAGGCCCCGGUUCGACACGACUACGCGCAGUCUCCUGACACACCGACUCCCACAUCAGCAGGCUUCCCGCUGGCCAACCGCCAGUCCAGCACAGCGCCAGCCUACUCACCCACGGUGAAUUCAGGGGCAUUCCCGAACUAUCCGACUCCUCCCCGGAACAGCGCCACUCCCCUCCAGCAGCAGGUGGUGGCGCCUCCCCCACAGCCUCAAGAGCCAGCCCUGAGUCCGGAGCAGGCUCACAGGGCGGAGUCACAGCGGCGAGGAGAGGCCGAAGCCCGGGAGGUACUUGGCCAGUACAUGAGAAGUCCGACGGUUGCGUUCCUUCUUCCUCAGGCCUUUGCCAUGACGCGCUCGGAGUGGGAACUCAUAAGGAGGGUAUACGAGCGUGAACCCAAAGCCAGAGAAGAUCUGCCAUACCUUAGCAACCGCUACAACCACGGCGGGAUCGCAACCGUAGGAGGAAGUGGCGGCGGGGAGGAUAUUGGCGACGCUCAGCACUGCUCUUGA